AGCCAUGGCUGCCGUGGAUAUCAUCCAAGAAACCUGCCAAAUGAGUGCAGAGAGAUCACCUGUCUUGAGCUACGACUUUUGUGUGUCUUCUCUACAAGUAAUCCCUCUGAGUUACACUGCAAGUCUCCCAGAACUUGCCGUCAUCUCUGUGAAGUUAGCUCUAGUUAACGCCACCGCCACGCUUUGGAAAACCCAAAAGCUUUUAGAGAUUGAAGCUUCUGAUCCAAAGAUCAUGGCGUGCUUAAAAGACUGUCAAGAACUCUACUCCGAUGCAGUCCCUACGCUUGAGAACUCUAUCACAACCUUGAACAGUAAAGAUUACAGGUCAGGUAAUGUAUUUAUUAGCGCAGCCAUGGAUGCAGCAACGACGUGUGAAGAUGGGUUUGAGGUAUCUCCAUUGACAAAGCAGAACUACGACUUCUUUCAGUUGUGUGAUAUUGCUCUUGUCAUCACCCGUUUGAUUCCAUCUGAGCUGCCAUUUUUGUUGCCUAUGUAUUCUUAGAUUUUUAGAUGGUUGGGAUUGCAUUAUUUCUUAAAAUUUUCUGUUUUAUUUAUUUUAUUGAAUUCUUGA